AUGUUAUCCACUGAAGCGACGUGCGGGUGGAGCUCGUUGCUACUGCCGAUGGUUCCACACCAUCAAAAUGCAUUCAAUCCUUGCUUUUUGGCAACCAGUUGUAUCUUGAUCACAUUGAUAUUUUUAUUUUGGGGAGCAACAUCAUUGAGACGACUAUGUAAUCAACCAAAGUACGGCUCUUUUUCACCCAAGAGUACCGGUUUCUGGCAAACAUUGAGAGUUUUGGCUGCAGGAAUCGAAAUUUUGCUCUUUAUCACUUAUAGCCACAGUGCAAGUCAAGGUGUAGGCUCAAACGUGAGCCAGGACACGGAUGCGAGCUUAAAAGCAAGUUCAACAAUGGUAUUUGGUCUUGGGCUAUUAUGCACGUUUUUGAUUUUUAUAAUUACACCGCUUCAAAUUAUGGAGACGUCGUAUUCGCCACACCAAUUAAGUGUGGUGAUGGUUUUUUGGCCAACAUUCACUAUAUUGCUUACUGCAUUCUAUUUCCAGGAUAAUUACACCGACUUGGGGAUACUUUCGGGACAAGCCAAGUUCUCAUUGCAAGGUAUGCUUAUUAUCAACGCCAUUAUUAUUACUCUAAUGGAGGUGUUCAAAUGGAAACCAAAUCACGAGUUGAUAUUGCAUUUUAAACGCGAGGGAAAGGAAUUGGAACUUGCAGAGCCCAACAUCCUUGAGCAAAUAACGUUCACGUGGAUGAAUGAUUUAAUUGUGAGCUCUUAUAAAAACAAAACAGUCACUCACACCGAGUUGCCAAACACGCCAGAUGAGAUAUCAACAAAGUAUUCUGCGUCAAGACUCCAAAAAUUUUGGAAUGGCUCGGGACUCAUUUUCUCAUUGCUCAGGUCUUUUGGACCUGGAUUGGUGGUAUCAUUUGCAUACGAAAUGUUGGCCAAGCUUUUGAAUUAUGUCAAGCCGCAGUUACUUCGACUUCUCAUUCUCUAUUUUGCAAUUAGCAACCCACCAUUGUUGCAAGGUCUUCUAAUUUGUUUUGCAAUGUUUGCCACCUCACUAUUGCAAACGUCGUUGAACAAUAGAUAUAUGUUGAAAAACUUGGAGAAUGGUCUUAAUGUGAGAAGUUCUUUGUCGUCUUUGAUUUAUCAAAAAACAUUGGUUUUGUCAAACGACAGUAGACACAAGACUUCCUCGGGAGAUAUUAUCAAUCUCAUGUCUGUGGAUGUGAAUAGAAUUCAAAGCGUAAUCUUGAAUUUGAGUACCUUGGUUCUAGCGCCUGUUGACAUCAUUUUGUGUAUAGCCUCACUAUGGCCAUUGCUUGGGCCAGCGACAUUGGCAGGUGUGGCGGUGAUGCUAGUCUUGAUUCCUGUGAAUGCUUUUUUGGUACGCUACUCAAGACGGUUAAAUAAAGAACAGAUGAAGUUGAAAGACGCGAGAACCAGAAUAACCAAUGAAAUUCUAUCAUCCAUCAGAAGCAUCAAGUUGUAUGCAUGGGAAAUACCUAUGGUUGACAAAUUGCUCGACGCGAGAAACGGUAAGGAGUUGCACAACUUGUUCUACAUUCGAAUCAUUGGCUUGAUCUCAAACUUUGUAUGGUACGUCAUUCCAAUAUUGGUGAGUUUAUUUUCGUUUGGUUGUUUUGUUUUGACGCAAAGCAAGCCAUUGACUUCAGAUAUUGUGUUUCCUGCAUUGACUUUGAUUGGUUUGUUGUCGGCUCCAUUGUACGAAUUACCAGCAGUGAUAACUUCAAUUAUUGAAGCGCAAGUUGCAAUCGAUAGAGUUUUCUCGUUUUUGACGAGUGAUGAGUUAAGCAAUGAUUACUUUCACAAGCUUCCAAAGAUGCUCAUAUCCCAAGAAAGUGAACCAGUUAUUGAAGUUAAAAAUGCAUCAUUUUUUUGGGACAAACAAUCUUUUGAAAAAAAAGAUGAGCACAAUGAUGAAGGUGCACACCAUGGGCAAAUAUUGCACAAAGAAGAGCUAUAUGCUUUGAAGAAUGUCAAUUUCAAAGUGAGGAAAGGAGCUCUCUCGUGUGUUGUAGGCAAGGUUGGAAGUGGUAAGACAUCUUUACUAUAUGGACUACUUGGUCAAAUGGUUGUUGCGAAAGGGAAUAAUAGCGGUGCUAGUGGUAGUAUCAAUGGUAAUAGUGGUAGUACUAAUGGCUAUGAUGAUCAUGAUGCAGAGAAUGUCGAGCCUAGAUUUGUGCCACUGAUCAAGAUCCGUGGUUCUGUCGCAUAUUGUUCACAACUGCCUUGGAUUAUGAAUGCAUCAGUAAAGGAAAACAUUUUAUUUGGUUGCAGGUUUGAUAAAAAUUUUUACAACAAGACCAUCAGUUCCUGUCAGUUGACGCAAGAUUUGGAGAUCCUACCUGAUGGAGAUGAGACUCAGGUUGGUGAAAAGGGGGUGAGUUUAUCUGGUGGACAAAAGGCUAGAUUGGCCUUGGCGAGGGCAGUAUACGCGAGAGCAGACAUUUAUCUCAUGGACGAUAUAUUAUCAGCAGUGGACUCACAUGUCGGUAAAAACAUUAUAAAUAAAGUGCUUCGUCCCGAAGGGCUUUUGGGUUCAAAGACUGUUGUUUUGUGUACAAACUCCAUUUCGAUACUUAAGUAUUCAUCGGACAUUACUUUAAUUGAGAACGGGACAAUAGUGGAGACCACUUCUUACAAAGAGAUAAAUGAGAUGGACCAUCCCAGGCUAGACAACUUGAUACGCAAUUUUUCAAACAUACAUGGAUCCGACGAUGAAUCUUUGGAGGGCGAAUCUCGAAAGGAAUCAGUUGAGCUGAUACAGGAACUGGUUUCCACAAGUAACGCUGAACCAGAAUGCAAACAACAAGUGGGCCACUCACUGGACAAUGAGCAGGAGCAGAUACCAAGAUCUACCCAGAGAAGGGCCAGUAUUGAAACUUUCAAGUGGGAUCCUUUGAAAAAGCUAUUACCAAAUCUAAACUCUGGACAAACAGUUGAGGAGAGUCAAAAGGGCAAGGUGAAAUGGUCAGUAUACUCGGCCUAUUUUAAAGCGUGCUCGAGUUGGGGGAUAUUUAUAUGGCUCUUGAUUUUGAUAAUUGGCAAUAUAUUAUCUGUUGGUGGAAAUUAUUGGCUCAAGUACUGGACUGAAGAGAAUUCCAGAUCUGGCGAAAACAAAAAUGUUUGGAGCUUCCUUGCGAUUUAUGCAACCUUAGGAAUUGGCUCGACUUGUAUGACAAUGACCAGAUCAGCAAUCACAUCGCUCUGGCUUGCUAUGAAUGCUUCGCGAAAGAUUCAUGACUCGAUGAUAAAUAGAGUUUUGAGUGCACCAAUGAUUUUCUUUGAACGAACUCCCGUUGGACGCAUUAUGAACCGGUUUACCAAUGACAUCAACAAGAUAGAUAAUAAUAUCCCAAAUACGUUGCUGGGAAUGGUGAACCAGAUAUGCAAGACAUUGAUUACAUUGUUUGUUAUCAGUAUUGGCAUUCCCGCUUACGCAGUGGUUAUAAUAAUUUUAUCUGCGAUUUACUUUUACUAUGAAAUUUACUAUGUGUCUAUUUCGAGAGAGCUCAAGCGAUUGGUGAGUGUGUCGAGAUCCCCUAUAUACUCACAUCUUGGAGAGACUUUGAAUGGGUUGACUACCGUUCGUGCAUACAACCAAGAGGAUAGGUUUACUUUUAUCAUGAAUACCGUCGUUGACUUUAAUAUAAAGUCCCAGUAUAUGCUUACCUCGAUCAACCGGUGGUUGAAUUUCAGAUUGCAAUUUGUUGGAGGGUUGGGUGUUUUGUCUGCAUCUUUGUUGUCCAUUUUUAGUUUGAGAACUGCUCACCCUCUUAGUGCAUCAAUGGUUGGUUUCAUCAUGACGUAUGCGUUGCAAGUCACGGGCUCACUAAGAAUUGUGGUCCGAAUGUCGGCUGAAGUGGAAAGCACCAUAGUUGCGGUGGAAAGGUGUCUCGAGUACACGGAGUUGGAAGUUGAAGAGCCAAACAAGAAUAGCUUAAGAGUGCCUUCCAAAGCAUGGCCUGAUCGCGGUGAGAUUGAGUUUAAAGAUUAUUCGACGAGGUAUAGACAAAAUUUGGACUUGGUGUUGCGAGGUGUCAAUUUGAAGAUUGAAGAGAGGCAAAAAGUUGGUGUAGUUGGUCGAACUGGCUCUGGAAAGUCAACGCUUGCGCUAUCGAUAUUCAGAAUCAUUAAUCCUGUCACGGGAAGCAUUCUCAUUGACAAAGUUGACACUACUUCAAUACCAUUAUUUGAUUUGCGUCACAGGCUCAGUAUUAUUCCACAAGAUUCGCAACUAUUUGAAGGAACAGUUCGCCAAAAUUUAGAUCCCUUCAAUCGCUAUAGCGAUGAUGAGAUCUGGAAAGCUUUAGAGCUUGCGCAUUUGAAGAGCCACAUCCUAAAGAGUCAAAGUGGUACAUCAACGGAUAAAUUGGCUAGCAAAGUGUUUGAGGGUGGCUCCAAUUUCUCCUCUGGACAGCGCCAGCUUGUGGCUCUAGCUCGAGUGCUUCUUCAAAUGAAGGAUUCGAGGAUUUUAGUGUUGGAUGAAGCUACAGCCGCGGUGGAUGUUGAGACGGAUAAAAUAAUCCAGGACACUAUACGCAAAGAGUUCAAGGACAAGACUAUUAUCACGAUUGCACAUCGCUUGAAGACUGUGAUGGAUAAUGACAGAAUUGUUGGAUUGGAUAAAGGGAGCGUAGUGGAGUAUGACUCGCCACAAGAGCUUUUAAAAUCCAAGACGGGUAUUUUUUACAAUUUGUGUAAGCAGGGAGGCUACAUUGAAGACUCUGAAGUAGAGGCUAAAGAGACGAAAUAA